CAGCCGUUGCUCGGCCCGUUUCGCCAGGCUCGGGCCGUCCGCAGGCCUUCCCGCUCCCGCCCGCCAUGGACGACUACGCGGUUCUCUCGGACACCGAGCUGGCCGCCGUGCUGCGCCAGUACAACAUCCCGCACGGGCCCGUCGUGGACGCGGACUCGGCCUCGGGGGACUCGGAUAUGUACGAUCUGCCCAAGAAGGAGGACGCCUUGCUUUAUCAAAGCAAGGGCUCUAAUGACGACUACUAUGAGGAGAGUUAUUUGAGCACCAGGACCUACAGGGAGCCUGAGUCUGCGGGCGCCGCCAAGGGCUUCCGCCAGUCAGCGACUUCACUCUCAGAUGCCACCACCUUCCACCACCAGGUCCGCGAUGACAAUCUUUUCUCUUCUUCUGAAGAGGAGAGCAAGGAUAGGGAACGCCCAGUGUAUGGCCGGGACAGCGCCUACCAGAGCAUCGCGCACUACCGCCCGGUCUCCAGGAGCUCCCUGGGCCUGUCCUACUAUCCUUCGUCAGCCUCCACCUCUUCUGUGUCAUCUUCAUCUCCUCCCCCCUCGUGGCUGGCCCGCCGUGCCAUCCGGCCAGAAGAGCAGGCUCCUGGCUCUGGCCUGGGGCCGGAUCGCCAGGUCCCACUCUGGGGCCAGCUGCUGCUUUUCCUGGUCUUUGCAGCCUUCCUGCUCUUUGUUUACUACUCCAUGCAGGCCGAGGAGGGUAGCCCCUUCUGGACAGAGCCCUAGGGCCUUGGCCACGGAGCCAGCUCUUCCAGAAGUCCUGGCUGAGGCCUUAGCGGUGUCUGCUGGGGGGGAGGGGGGACUUUUCUGUGUGUCCUAGCUUGGGGGGUUGGGCCUAGCCCAGGACAGCGCUUGCUCCCCUGCCUGGUCUUGCCGGGGAGGUUGCAGCCUGAGCCCCCUACGGUGUGGUGUCCUGCUCAUGCCUCCUCUGCAACCCUGCUUGCCUCUGACCCUGAGGGCCAGGAGGGCAGGCCCUCACUCCUCAGAGGAGAACAUGGUUGUUGUCAUGCAUGCCUCCUGUUUGUUGUCACCUUGUUGGGGGCAUUGACCAAAGGCCACCCUGACUUUGUUUUCGUGGACACACAAUAAAAAGACCGUUUAUUUUUAA